GAUAGCUAGAGAGAAGAAGAUCAUGGGAAGCUCAAUGAGACCGAUGCAAUGGCCUCACAUCAUACUGGCAACGGCAAUUUGCCUAGUUGCUAUCAAUAGUGUUAGUGCUGAUUAUGACCCUUAUUCUCCACCCCCACCAGCUCCUUCACCGCAACCGCCAUAUUACUACAAGUCUCCACCUCCACCUUCUCCAUCAGCACCGCCUCCAUAUUACUAUAAGUCACCACCUCCUCCAUCUCCAUCACCACCUUCACCAUAUACAUACAAAUCGCCUCCUCCUCCGUCUCCUUCACCACCACCUCCAUAUUACAAGUCCCCACCUCCAUAUUACUAUAAGUCUCCACCUCCUCCUUCUCCAUCACCACCUCCACCAUAUGUGUACAAAUCACCUCCUCCACCAUCUCCAUCACCACCACCCCCGUACUACUACAAGUCUCCACCUCCACCAUCUCUUUCACCACCUCCACCAUACAUGUACAAGUCACCCCCACCCCCAUCUCCAUCACCACCACCUCCAUAUGUUUACAAAUCUCCCCCUCCUCCUUCCCCUUCACCUCCUCCACUAUAUGUGUACAAGUCUCCACCACCUCCAUCCUCAUCUCCACCUCCUCCAUAUUACUACAAGUCUCCGCCUCCUCCUUCUCCCUCCCCACCUCCGCCAUACAUCUACAAGUCUCCACCUCCUCCAUCAUCUCCUCCUUCUUCUCCACGUUACUACUAUAAAUCACCCCCUCCUCCCUCUCAUGGCUACUAGUCACCAUUUCAUAAGGUUUACGAAGAUUGUUCUUAAUCUAAUUUGAAUUGUUUCAAUGAUACUUUUAUAUAUAUCCAUUAUUUCUGUCUGUAUUCGAUACUUUCAUGGAUGAUAGGGUUCAAAAUAAAAUGCAUAUCUCAUAGUGUAUUCCUUCUUGUGAUUUGUAUGCGAUACCAUUUGUCAUCAGGUGAAUAAUAUAGAAGAGUGUGAUAUCUUGAUAUA